UAGGGAUAUCUGGAAUACUGAUUUUAAGGACUCGUUUACAACAACAAGUAAAUAUUGUGUAUUAUUCACAGAGGUUGAAUAUCCAUCACAAAAGUUGAAUAUCCUUCAGAGAAGCAGAAUAUUCUGCACAGAUCUUGAAUAUAGAAUUCAACAACUAUGUCGAGCGACACAGAUACUAGUGCAUCGUCCUCAACAUCAGAAGAGACAAGGAGACACAAAAUUCAUAAGAAACUAAAGAAAAAAUCAGAAAAGAAGCAUAAAAAGCAGAAAAAAGAAAAGCGGUCAAAGAAGAAGAAACGUAGUAGAGAAUUAGAACUUGAUGAAAUGAGAUCCGUUCCCAUUAUGAUACCUCCAAUCACAAGAAAUUCAUCAGAAAAUGUUGCAGUUUUAGAUGACGUUUUUGGUCCAGCAUUGCCACCACAUUUACUACAAAAGCAACAACAACAUCUCCCAGCACAAAAUGCAGUUACCGAGGAGAGAAAUAUAGUCGGGCCUAUUUUACCACAACAAGGAAUUCCCAUGGAAACACAAGAAAAGUUGAAAGAUGAAGACGAUGAUGAUAAUGAUGAUGAUGAUUAUUUUAGUUAUGGUCCUAUGCCAAUUAAUUUGGCUGAAAGUGGAGAACAGCAUAUGAGUGAACAACAAAUCAAAUUGGAACAACGCGCUUUGGAGCUUAAAUUAGCGGCCAUCGAAGGUAAUACGUUAACAAAUGUCGAUCAAAAAUUACGUGAGGAAUGGAUGUUAGAAUUACCAGAUGUAGGACUUAAAAGUGGAUUGGCUGCUAUUGCAAAUAUGAAGCGUACAUUUCAUCAAGGAAAGGAAAAGCCAGAUUUUAGUGAUAGAUCGGAAUGGACAAAGACGCCAAAUAGUGGUACUGAUUCUACAACAAAACCUGGUACUUCAAAAGCUGCUACUGAAAAAUUGAUAAAUAAUGCACAAACACUCUAUGAACGUCAACGUGAUGAAGAACAAGAACUUUUAGCAAAAAAAUUUAAAAAGAAACACAAACGCGAAGAAUCACUCGUUGAGAUUCAUCAGAAGAAACUACGCAAGGAACAAAAGCAAAAGGUAAGAAUUUUAUUAUGA